GUAAGAAGGUCAAAGUUGAAAACGUAGACAACAGAAACAUCAUGGAGACGGAGGGGAGGAGAAGGAGCAGAGUCUCCUCCAAAACCUCUGAAAAAGGUGGAAAACGUGUCAAAGCGCUGACUGCUGAAGAAGAAGCAAGAAGGAGAGAGUUGGUGAAGGAGAAGCUGAGGGAGAAGCUGGAGCUGGAGAAAAGAGCACUGAAAGUAGUGGAGCGUCUUCUGGAGGACAGCGUGGCUGAAGACUUCCUGGUUGACUGUGCCAAAUUCAUCACUCCAGCUAAUUACAAAGAUGCUGUAGAGGAGAGAUCCAUUACUAAACUGUGUGGUUAUCCCAAAUGUCCAAAUAAACUGGGAAAGAUCCCAACUCAACAAUAUAAAAUUUCUACAAAGACCAAUAAAGUGUACGACAUUACAGAGCGCAAGUGUUUUUGUAGUAACUUCUGCUACAAAGCCUCCAAAGAGUUUGAGCUACAAAUAUCAAAGACGCCUCUUUGGCUCAGGCAGCAUGAGAGCCCUCUAGAAAUUAAAUUGAUGAAGAAAGGAGAUAGUGGGAGCUCUGGUGAGGAGGUUGUGCUUUCAGUGAGGCGUCUCCAAGAGGAGGACAUCGAGAACCCGCUGGCUGCUCAGCCCGAGGAUCCUCACAGCUCUCAGCAGCAUUGUCCUAGAGACGGCCUCUGCCACAGCGACAGCAGCGACAUGGAGCAAGAGCAAGACUUUGUCUCCAGCAUGGUCUCCCAGCCGCAGGGACCCAGGGUGCACUGGGGUGAUCUGCCUAAAAGCGUAGAUGAAGACCAGAAAGGAAAGCGAGGAAAGAUGGCGAGGAGAAAGGAAGAGAAUGCAGAGGGAGAUGUAGAGGAGAUCGAGCAUCAUCAAAGUCAGGACGCAGAGGGGGAGGGAAAAAUGAGAGAAGAGGAGAAAAGGAAAGAAUCAGAUGCAUGUAAAACAGAGGUGAGAACUGAUGCUGAACAGUUGCUCAUAAGAAAUGCUGACCUGGUACUGCCAGAGGAGAAAGACUUGCUUGAGGAACCCAGUGUGGAAGAGUUUUCAGCUAAGAUGAAUCUGUGCAGUUUGUCUGAGACGGUCACUCACACUAUUCCCCUGCCUGUUGACUCAACACCCACACAGGCAGAACACACUACACCACUCACCUCUCCUCCAUUUAUUGACUCAAAACGCCCAACAGAAAACAAACAUCUCUCUUCUUCAACACAAACCACCACUGAUCAGAAAGGCCGCAACACGACAGUCCCCGCCCAGCCAGGACUCCACAUCACCCAGGUGGGUAUGAGCAAGAAAGGGGCAGCAGGGCUACGAGAUCUACUGAAGAACCACACCGCUACACCCAAACACAACUCCAUCCGGCUGAAUCUCCUCGAGUGCUUGAGAAGAACCCUGAAAGAAUGGAGCACUGAUGAGACCUUGAAGUUCCUGUAUGGUGCUGAACAUUCACUAGGCUCUCCAUUUGCUGAUGUAAAAGAGGAGGAGGAGGAGGACAAAGGGGAGGAACUGGAUGAAGACGACCUUGAAGAUGAGGGGACAGUGGAGGACGGUGGAGGGGUUGACGCUGGGGUGCUGAAGAGGCCACCAGCUGCAACUCCAGACUAUGAGACGCUGAGGAAGGACAGCCAGCAGCUGGAGCUCAGAGUCAGGGAGUUUUAUAAAGGGACGUGGAUUCUGCCUGAGGAGGUCGAGGCACUGAAUGGAAACAAGGUGACAGUCCAGGACCAGGGCACGAAGGACCCAGUUCUGCCACUCGUUGAUUCGCAUGCUCAGCACCUCAUCCAGAAAAGAAUCACAGUGGAGAAGCUCACCAGCUGUCUCAGAAACAUUGUGGGUCCGCUGCAUCUCACCAUGAGUGACGUCUCCACCGAUCUGAACAGCCUGAUCAGGACAUUCAGGUUCACCAACACAAACAUCAUCCACAAAACUCCAGAGUGGACCCUCAUAGCUGUGGUGCUUCUACAUCUGUUGUCAGAAGUUUCCCUGGUGGUGCGGGAGGCCUUGGAGACGCCGGCAUCAGUGGCGUAUUUGAACACGCUGAUGGAAGAGCUCGGCCUACAGGAGCAGGAUCUGUUGAACUUGGUGCGGCUGUUUAAAACCCCAACACACUGACACACACACACACACACACAGUCAGGUAUGGACAUAUGAAUAUUAAGUAUACACUCUGGAGCUCUGACUGAAUAAAAUAAAAAAGGGGUGUAUCAGACAUUUUCUGUGAUGUAUAUUUUUCAAAAAUGAAUUCGGUUGUAAUAACGGUUGAGACAAAAGUUUGCAUCCUUUUGUGUUUGUUUGUUUUAUGUGGGGCAAUGACACAAAUUCAGUCAUGCCACCAACUGAUCUAGGAUGUAGGAGUGGAGACUGUUGAUAUGGUGGAAGAGCAUUACUGUGUGUACACAAUCUGUGGUGAGAUAUGCGCAAAUCAGAUCCUUGAAGUUGUAGAGCUGUGGAUGUUUAACCUCUGCAGGGCCAAAUAAAUCACACCCAGCUUUUCCCAGUGAAAACGCCAUGUGGACUCGCUGCUUAUUGCUGUGCUGGAAGAACUUCUGCUG